CAGGGCUUCCCUGUGAGGUUUCCGAUGUCAGAACUUGUUGAUGGUGGAAGGUUUGCCACUCAAGAGCGCCACCAUUAGUUUUGGCUUAGAGGGACAGUUGCAGUUGCUUGCUUCCCUUGUCCGAGAUCACAUCGCCAAUGUUCUUCUUCCGUCGCCAGAAUGCCAAGCCCGCGCCACGCCCCUCGCGUGCCCCCUCCUUUGCACUGCCCAAGCGGCGUCCGCCUGUCCAGCUGACGCCCUCGCAUCAGCACGACCAGCUGCCCUUCCUGCGGAGAUCCCGCUUCAGUGCCCUGCCCCAUUUCCGGGCCUACGAGGACGAGCCGGAGAACCUGACGCUCUUCAUCGCCAUCCUGUAUGUCGUGGAUCUGUUUGGAAUCUUCCCGUUUGUCACACUGCCCGCUUUGCUGGUGAAGCUGGGCUACUUCGGCGUGCUGCUGGUGCUGUCCAUCAUCUUCCUGCAGAUCUACACCUCCUUCCUGCUCUCCCAGUGCUGGACCAUGGCCGAGCUGCUUGAUCCGUCCAUUCAGCAGAAGCGCAACUAUCCGUAUGCCGCACUGGCGGAGCUGGCCUACGGUCCGUACAUGAGUCUGCUGGUCUCGGUGCUCCUCGACCUCAGCAUCUUCGCCAUGGCGGUGCCCAGUGUGGUCAUGGCCGCCGAAAAUCUGGAGGGCGUCGUGCUGCGCAUGAGCGCUGGCCACUACAACUUCUCCUACUGCUACUGGGCCAUCAUCGUCGGGCUGGUCAUUUGUCCGCUCAUGUGGCUGGGAAGCCCGAAGCACAUGCGCGGUCUGGCCAUCAUAGCAGUUUGUGUGAUGAUCGUUAUUGUGGCGCUGCUGUGGUUCUGCCUCUUUGCAGCGCCAGCGAUUGGAGCCCCCUUCGAUGGCAUUUCCUUGGAACUGCCUGGCUUCCUCACCGUUCUCAACAGCUACAGCAUACUGGCCUUCCAGUUCGACAUCCAUCCCGUCCUGCUGACGCUUCAGAUCGACAUGAAGCACAAAUCGCAGGUGUCGUGGGCUGCCCUCAUCGGAAUCGCCAUAACCUGCAGCGUGGCCAUCUUUGGCUCCAUAAUCGCCGCCUACAAGUUCGGUUCGAUGAUAGCGGACAACCUGCUGCAAUCGUUGCCCACCAGCGUGCCCUUCUAUGUGAUGCUGAUCCUGAUGGCCCUGCAGCUCUGCUUUUCAGUCACGGUGGCCAGCUCGGCCAUGUUCCUCCAGAUCGAGAACUUCUUCAAGCUGCCGGAGUCGCUCUCAUUUAAGCGCAUGCUGAUCCGGUCCUUUGUGCUGGCCUUGGAGGUCCUUGUGGCGGAGUUUGUGCCCAGUUUCGAUGCUCUGAUGGAUGUGGUGGGUGGUACCAUAACCGGACCGCUGGUUUUUAUCCUGCCACCUCUGUUGUACCGUCGCAUACGGCGGAUGGAGCGAGUGCAUCAGAGGAUUGCGGCGGAGGCCAGUUACGGUAGUUUGCCGCUGGAUUUGAAUUAUGACCCCGUUGACCUGGAGAUGGAACCACUGCUGGCGACCUCGCCACCAAUUUCCCCUCGCGGCUGCUGGCUGAGAUUGGUGAGAGUCCUUCAGCGCUUGGAAUGCGAUGUUUCCUGCACCAUGGCAGUGCUCAUCUUUGGCCUGCUGGCCACCUUCCUGUCCACCUACCUGAAUAUAUUCAACCUAUCCGAUCUGUUCACCAACAACUCGCCGUGCCUGAGCAAUCUGACCAAGCACUUUUGAGUAUUAGAGACUCAAAAACUCAUCCAAGUUUGAUUACCGUCCUUCAGUGCAGGGUUC